AUGUCUUUACCUGUCAAAAAUCUCCAGAUUUUAGCGCAAAUUAAGCAUUACUAUGGGUUUAGAUAUUUACUGAAUCCUGUGAUACAUAACAAAAUACUGGACAAAUUGAAUUUACAGAAGACCUAUGGCAAUUUCCAAGAUACCAAAAUUUUGGAUUUGUAUCCAGGACCUGCACAGCAUGCUGCCAUCUUCUACAAUAGGUUUAGACCAGAGCAGUAUACUUUAAUGGAAAAUAGAACCGACUUUUUCGAUUAUUUAAAGACGGAAUACUCUAAUUCAGAAUUGCAACUGGCUGAAAAAAAUCCUUAUGAGUGGUCGUCAUAUACCGAUCUUAUAGACAAUGAAAAACAAUUUGUUCCGGAUAAACAGCCUCUAACACAAAUCAACAACAGAUUUUUAGUAACGGCUAAUCUUACGAACGCAUCACACGAGGGCCUCGUGAUGCAGUGGUUUACUUGCAUUGGAAAUAGAAAUUGGUUACAAAGAUUUGGUAGAGUAAAAAUGCUUGUCUGGGUUCCAACACCAGUUGCAGCCAAGCUGCUAGCUUCACCAGGCUCAAAUGCGAGGUCCAAAUGUUCCGUUGUGAGAGAAACGUUUACAGAAACACAUCUGAUAGCUUUAAGCAAUACAAAAGAAUGUGAAAUGUUUCAUGAAACUGAAUUUGAGCAAAUGUCCCCCAUAGUAUUCCCAAAUACAGAUGUUUGGCAAGUGCGCGACAAGGGUAUCGCUCUUUUGGAAAUUAAUCCAACUGCGCAUCAAGUGGACCUUGACAAUUGGGACUAUGUCACUAAACACCUUUUAAUUUUAAAGAAAACGCCGCUUAAAGAGUCGUUGGAUUCACUGGGACAUGGAGGGAAGGAUUAUUUCAACUUAAAGAUUACCGACAAGAAUUUACUCGAAAAAAGUCCGGGACAACUCACUAGUGUAGAGUUUAUCUAUUUGUCGAAGCUAUUUGACGAGUGGCCAUUUAAGCCUGACAUCUAUAUGGACUUUGUUGAUGUGUACCAGGAGGAGGGGCUGCAUUAG